CACUAGUGCAGCCGCACAACCUCCCACCUGCAUGUCCAAUCCAUCGCGCUCUUCACUCCAUCAAGUUUUACAAGUAUCUUAUUGCCUCCCUCCCAUUUAUCCAUUACAAAUCGCCAUUCGAGGCGUUUAAUCCCCCGACGCACAACCUCCAUCACUCUAUUAUUUCCCCGACACAUCGUAACGUAUUUCUGGCCCCUACUUGCCUUUCACUGGGGGCCAUCUACGGCACUGAUUGUAACGGCGGCAAGAAAUACGAGGGGGCCUGCGGUCAGCGCCGAAUCCUAAUGCAACACGCUCCUGAAAGCCCGAUCCUUCGUCGCUCGCAAAUUUAUCGAGACUAUCGAAUAUUCGAACUUUGGCAAUAACACGAAAACCAUGAAGGCGGCGGCACGACCGCCCCCGCGGUCGACUCGGUCCCAUUCUCAUAGACCGAAGACCCCCUCGUCAGCCGGAGGCAGUCCGUUGACCCAGGCUAUCAGAGCACCUUCAUCAGCGGCACCACCUACAAUACCUGCGUCUUUCUCUCCGAUACGCACGCCAGGGGGCAAAGAACAGGCGCGGCCCUCAAGCCCAAAUUAUUUUGGGCUUGUCGUUGAUCCUGGCAACAAUACAAGAGAUUCCGGCAGUGGCCCCAAAGAUAAUCGCAGCCCAACUGCUUCUUCGGUACAAUGUUAUAUCGAGCAAACGCCCAGGAAUAUUUCAAUAGAAAACCGUGCAAAUUUUGACGCUUUCCGGAAACAGAGCGAAGCCAACCAGUCGUUCAGCUUGGGCCAUGGCAACCUAUCCCAUUUUGCCUCGGCGCCUGUCCUCCCAGCUCAUGCCCAUGGAUACAAGAGUGCAGCUGGCCACGACAGGAAUACCGAGGCGAAAAGGACGAACAGCGCAGUCACUACCAUCAGUAAUUCGUGGUUGUCACCCGCGCGUCACUCCAACACCUUUCCGACUGAGGCAUCGCCAAUUCUUGGCCUCCCAAUGCAGGAGUUGCCUAUGACUGCGGAGUUAUCUCAACCGCUAGCACCGGUUCGAGAACAUAUGCUCUCUCAACUAGGUGAUAGGCACCCGCGGUUGUCUCUACCUGAUGAUAGACCCAGCCCGUCCACGCCACAUACAAGCCAACAAACCGAUAUCCCGCGGGCGGAGACGCUACCGCCAGUGUUACAAGAUGGCCCUUCAUUUAUUUCUGCUCCCGACCUAAGGGACUUUUUGAAAACCCAGAGUUCUUUAGAUUACUUACUUUUAGACCUUCGAGUUGCCCCACAGUAUUCUCAAUCAAGGAUUCGCAACGCCCUCAAUCUUUGCAUUCCCACAACAUUAUUGAAGAGGCCGUCGUUCAAUUUGGCGAAGCUCACCGAUACAUUCAAGGUUCCGGAGGAGAAGGCUCAGUUCUCAAGGUGGAGUGAAUGCAGGUAUAUUAUCGUUUACGAUUCUCACUCUGCAGAGAAGAAAGACGCAGUUGCACCUCUGAACACCAUCAAGAAGUUCACAAAUGAAGGUUGGAAUGGGAAGGCAUAUAUACUAAAGGGUGGAUACAAGGCAUUUUCUGCAAUCCAGAGCGACGCCAUUGACCAGAAGCCAACGAACGAUACUCAAAAUGCGACGAAUCUUUCGUUGGGCUCCCUAUUUCCUAACGCUGCUGAUGUCGCUGGCGGCUGCGCAAUGCCCCAGACGAAAAGUGUCGCAAACCCUUUUUUCAGCAACAUUCGACAGAACAUGGACCUCGUUGGUGGCGUGGGUCAAAUCGAUAUCAGGCGUCCGGACGAUGCAGAUCAAUUGGCCGAUGACUUCCUCCCUACGUGGCUGCGAAGCGCUACUGACAAGGAAGACCACGGCAAGACAGUGUCAGAUAAGUUCUUACAUAUAGAACAAAUCGAGCAAUCUAGAAUGCAAAACGCCUUGUCGUCUCGAGUUUCUUAUGGAACGCCCACAGCCAGAUCUGACAAUGACGUUCAAAUCGCCGGAUUUGAAAAAGGGGGGAAAAACCGAUACAACAACAUCUGGCCUUUCGAGCAUUCCCGAGUCAGACUACAAGGGAGAGCUGAAGGCGUCUGCGAUUAUGUAAAUGCGACUCAUAUCAAGCCUUUAUGGAGCAAUAAGCGAUAUAUUGCAUCCCAGGGUCCUCUACCUGCUACCUUUGAGGAUUUCUGGAGCGUUAUCUGGGAUCAAGAUGUACGAGUUAUUGUCAUGCUGACAGCAGAAUCAGAGGGCGGGCAAGUUAAGUGCCAUCCGUAUUGGUCUGCUCAAGAAUAUGGCAGAUUCAAAAUAACCUCGUCAGCCGAGAAGAGGGUCCCUCUAGAACCCAUUAAGCAUUUCCGACCUAUAAGGAAGGAGUCCUUUGGGAGGCGCCGUGCGAACACUGUGGUCGAAUCAGCAAUCCCAGAGGCCAGCCCUGGUGACAAUCCAGAUGUCGUUGUUCGAACCAUUACACUGUCCUGUUCGACACAACCCCACGCGCCCGCCAGGCAGAUCAUGCAGCUACAGUAUAGUUCUUGGCCAGAUUUCGGGACCACAGCCCGGCCCAGCCAGCUUCUCGGAAUAAUCGAGCUGUCUAACUCGCUGCAACAUGGGGCAUUACCACCAGCCGUCGCGUCGCAAAUAAACUUGGAGGAACCAGAGCCAGACCAGUCUUUGCCACCGAUCCUAGUUCACUGUAGCGCAGGAUGUGGUCGGACUGGGACAUUCUGCACCGUGGAUUCGGUCAUCGACAUACUCAAACGUCAACGAAAAGAGAAUCUAAGUGGCGUCACGCCGAUGGAUAUCUCGACCGAGGAGGAAACAGACUAUUUAACAACAAAACACGCAUCCAAGGAUAUGGAGAACGAUUGGCUCUUCAAUCCAAACAUAGACCUUAUAGAGCGCACUGUAGCCGACCUUCGAAAGCAGCGAAUCAGCAUGGUUCAGAGCUUACGGCAGUAUGUCCUUUGCUACGAGGCUGUUCUGGAGUGGAUUGUUCAGCAGUAUCAGGCACCGAAGAGGGAACGAAGCGGGAGCGAAUCAUUGGCAUCGGAUGACAGACGGGGUUGGAUUUGCAUGUGCGGGACGGUUGGGGGGCACUACGACAUAGAUGAUUUGUGAAUAUGCAUCCUUCUCUUGGUUUGAUUCAUUGGAGGCGUGUUUUGGACAAGUGGUAUCACUUUGGAUAUCCUUGCCGCUGGUUGGCAUCGCGAUGGCGUCAGGCAUUGCUAAUGAACUUAAUGUGUUGGGCGAUUGAUUUGCAUGGGUAGCAGGCGGGGAAUGAUUAGACUGGAAAGCAUAGGCAAAUUGGAAUAGAGAUACAUUUGUCUAA